AUGUGGAUGGUAUACGAUGGCUUUAUUCUUUUCUUCUCCUCUUUAUUAAUAACAUCAAAUGGUAGCGUUGAUUUAAGGACACUAAAAGGAAAUGAUACGUAUACUGAAGAAUUACUUAUUAAAAGAUUAAAAAGUGAACAUUUGUUAGCUCAGUUUAGGUUUGUUAUUACAUCUGAUGCUAAAUCAGGAUUGGAUUAUGCUCUUUUUCCACGUAUUAUUAGUGAAGUAGUAACGAAGCAUCAUAUCCAAGAAUUUCAUUUAUCACUUACACAAGGUUUCUGGAGAUUGAACGAAUGGGGAAUACAACCUCAGCCGUCUUCACCAAGCGGUGCGCAAUUGUAUGCUUGGAUUAAUGGAAAUAAAACAAACGAAUUAAUUGAUGAACGAUGGUCAAGUUUUGUCAAUUCGAUGAAUGGUAUUUUUUGUACAUCUCUUCUCGAUAUUUUGCCUACUUAUACAGCAGCACCACAACUCUCGUUUUUGCAGAUGGGCUAUAUGCAUCCAGAAAGUUCGUCACAAAUAAGCGAAACGAUUUGUACAGAAAAUUUUACACCUUGGAGAAAAUUAUUUCCUUGUAAGCAGACUGGCUUAUCCACGCUGUUAAAUCCUAUUAAAAUGUAUGAAUCGGUUUUUCAUUCGAUGUCCGUACACUUUCUCCACAUUUGUGAGGAUGGGACAACGAAUUGUGGAAGACGGCGAAGACUGGAGCUCAGUUUAAAUUUUGUGUCGGAAUUGGAUUUGAAAUCUCGAAGUUUAGAUUGGAGUUUUCGUCAUAUAUUUGGUAGACGACUGGAUCAAAGUUGCGCAAUAGCAGAUAGGGAUACUGUUUUGUUCGAAGUGGAUCGAAAAGUUGUGAUAAAAAACGGCAAACAACGAAAACUGGGUAAUCGCAUUUUCUCACUGUAUAAUAUUUCUGAUUAUCCACUUCAUGCAUUCCCGAUUGAUAUAAGUGCAAAAUAUGAAAGUCGUUUGGAAUUACCGGUCGAUAACAUUCCUACUUUGGUUACCAUUAGAACUUAUAUUACGGGUACAGACCAACAAUCGGGACGUCUGAUUAGUAUUUUGAGAAAUGGCCAACAUAUUCCGCAGUUUGUUGUUUAUACUCACGUAGUGCCAUGGUUCAUAAAAAUAUACUACCACACAAUUCGUUUUACUUGUCGUCCUUUAGACGUUGAACAGGGGCAAUUCUUGGAAGGGAAAGUGAACAAAAAGAUCUUUGUGCCGGCAAAAGAUCGCCAGCGACCAUUUCUGCUGGAAUGGAAUGUUACUCUUCCAGAAAAUUCAUUUUGUGAGAUGUCUUUUGAGUUCGAUAAAGCCUUCUUGAGAGUAAAUGAAUAUCCGCCAGAUGCUAGCCAUGGCUUUUAUAUUCCGGCUCCUGUUAUAACUUUUAAUGCUUUUGCUGAAUUAUGGAAACAAAAUCGAACCGACCUAGGCGAUUCAUUCACUACUACCUAUGAUCAACUAUUAGGUGCAAAAAGUUCGCGCAUAAUAAGUAUGCAUGGCGAAGUGCUGCUUAUCUUAUUACCGGUACCGGAUUUUAGUAUGCCAUUCAAUGUAAUCUGCCUUGUUUGUACAGCAAUUGCCAUGCUUUUUGGACCAGUACAUACUCUGACCACAAAAAUGAUGAUACCUCUUUCGGAGGAGGAUAAAGAUUUAGCUCCACUUCCACCAUUACGACAGUUUCUGUUAUAUAUUUAUGAAUUUGUUGUUCGACGAUUUAUUCCAAUAUUUAUAAAGAAGUCUGUCGUUAAAAAGGAAAAAGUGUCAUGA